CUUUGCAGUGUAUGGAUGAUUCCAAACCAUGUGUUAAUGAGGGAAAAUGCAUUCCAUAUCAAAAUGGUACAGGAUAUUGCAAGUGUCGAGAAGGCUUUCUUGGAGACUACUGUCAGUACAGAAACCCCUGUGAAAGCAAUACCUGUAAGAACGGGGGAACGUGUGAAACUACAUCUCUGAUAGGAAAGGCUACCUGCAAAUGUGCUCCAGGGUUCACGGGAGAGGAUUGUCAAUACUCUGAAUCGCACCUCUGCUACGUGUCACAACCUUGCCUGAAUGGAGGAACUUGUCAUCCCCACAGCCAGGAAACGUAUGAAUGUGUCUGUCCUCCAGGUUACACAGGAAAGGAUUGCCAGUGGAUUGAUGCCUGUACAUCUCAGCCUUGUGCCAAUGGAAGUACAUGUACUGUAUCUGGGAACAGGUUCUCCUGCAUCUGUCUGUCUGGCUAUACUGGCCAGAAGUGUGAGAUAGAUGUGAAUGAAUGUGCCACACCAGGCCUGUGUCAACAUGGUGGGACUUGUGUCAAUUUGCCGGGUUCAUACCGAUGCCAGUGCAAGCCAGGCUAUACAGGGCAUCGCUGUGAGAGCGUGUAUGUACCGUGUUCCCCAUCACCCUGUAUGAACGGAGGAACAUGUCAUCAAACAAGUGACUUCACCUUUGAGUGCAACUGUUUGCCAGGUUUCGAGGGAACCAUCUGUGGGCACAACGUUGACGACUGCCCAAAUCACAACUGCCAAAAUGGGGGUAUAUGCGUGGACGGUGUGAACACGUACAAUUGCCGCUGCCCACCACAAUGGACAGGCCAGUUUUGCACUGAAGACGUUGAUGAAUGUCAGCUCCAGCCUAACGCUUGUCAGAAUGGAGGUACCUGCACCAACCACAACGGAGGCUACGCCUGUGUCUGUGUCAAUGGUUGGAGCGGGGACGACUGCAGUAAGAACAUUGAUGAUUGCUUCACUGCCUCCUGUGCUAACGGAUCUACCUGCAUUGAUCGAGUGGCUUCUUUUUCAUGCAUUUGUCCAGAAGGAAAGGCAGGUCUUCUGUGCCACUUGGAUGAUGCGUGUGUUAGCAAUCCGUGCCAGAAGGGUGCUCUGUGUGAUACCAAUCCUGUGAAUGGACACUACAUCUGCACCUGUCCUCAAGGCCAUAAGGGAGCAGACUGCACUGAGGAUGUGGAUGAGUGUGCAAUGGCAAACAGCAAUCCAUGUGAACAUGCUGGGAAAUGCGUAAACACAGAAGGCUCUUUCCACUGUGAGUGUUUGAAGGGCUACACAGGACCUCGCUGUGAAAUGGACAUCAAUGAAUGCCAUUCAAAUCCAUGCCAAAACGAUGCCACCUGCCUGGAUAAAAUCGGAGGAUUCACAUGUCUCUGUAUGCCAGGUUUUAAAGGUGUUCACUGUGAAGAAGAUAUUGAUGAGUGUCUAAGUAAUCCCUGUGUGAACAAUGGAGAGUGCCUUGAUAAAGUCAACCGCUUCCUCUGUGUCUGUCCUCCUGGAUUCAGUGGUGCUGUGUGUCAGAUUGAUAUAGAUGACUGCUCCAGCACGCCAUGCCUUAAUGGAGCCAAAUGUAUCGACCAUCCCAAUGGCUAUGAGUGCCAGUGUGCCACAGGUUUUACUGGCCUUCUGUGUGAAGAGAAUAUCAACAACUGUGAUCCUGAUCCUUGCCACCAUGGGGAAUGUCAAGAUGGAAUUGAUUCAUACACAUGUAUAUGCAAUCCUGGCUACAUGGGUGCCAUAUGCAGUGAGCAGAUAGAUGAAUGCCACAGCAAUCCUUGCCUCCAUCAAGGGCGCUGCAUUGAUUUGGUGAAUGGCUACCAGUGCAACUGUUUGCUGGGCACUUCGGGUGUGAACUGUGAAAAUAACUUUGAUGACUGUGCAAGUAACCCAUGCAUUCACGGGGACUGUAUUGAUGGCAUUAAUCGCUACAAUUGUGCUUGCAAACCUGGAUUUACAGGCCCGCGUUGUAAUGUGGACAUUGAUGAAUGCACAUCCAGCCCCUGUCAUAAUGGUGGAACAUGUAUAAAUGAAGUCAACGGCUUUCGGUGUGUGUGUCCUGAAGGUUACCAUCAUCCUCACUGUCAGUCACAGGCAGAUGGCUGUCUUAGUAAUCCCUGCGUACAUGGCAACUGCACACACAUCACUAGUGGGUACAAGUGUGUCUGUGACCCAGGCUGGAUAGGAGAUUACUGUUCCACAGAAGGGAACGAAUGUAAAUCAAACCCAUGCCAGAAUGGAGGAACUUGUGAGGAUCUGUUGAAUGGUUAUAGAUGUACCUGCAGGAAAGGAUUCAAAGGUGUGAACUGCCAGGUAGUGGUGGCUCCUUGUUCCCCUGAUCCUUGUGAGAACUCGGGAAUUUGCCAAGAAUCUCCUGACUCUGAAGGCUACACCUGCCAGUGUGCUCCUGGCUGGGAAGGGGAGAGAUGUACAGUGGACAUUGAUGAAUGUCUCUCGAAGCCCUGCAAAAAUCAUGCUCUGUGCCAUAAUAUUCAAGGCAGUUACCUGUGUGAAUGUCGACCAGGCUUCACUGGAGGAGACUGUGACAGUAACAUUGAUGACUGCCUUUCAAAUCCCUGCCAAAAUGGAGCUUCAUGUGUGGAUGGGAUAAACUCUUUCUCGUGCAUCUGCCUACCUGGUUUUCAUGGAGAUAAGUGUCAAACAGAUACCAACGAGUGUCUGAGUGAACCGUGCAGGAAUGGAGGCACGUGCACACACUAUGUCAACAGCUACACGUGCAAGUGUCAGCCUGGGUUUGAGGGAACCAACUGCGAGAACAACAUCGAUGAAUGCACUGAGAGCUCUUGUUUCAAUGGAGGUACUUGUGUGGAUGGGGUCAAUUCCUUUACUUGCCAGUGUCCGGUGGGGUUUACAGGACCCUUCUGCCUCACAGAAAUCAACGAGUGCGAUUCACAUCCUUGCUUGAACAAAGGCUCUUGCGUGGACAGCCUGGGCACGUACCGAUGUAUAUGUCCUUUGGGCUAUGCUGGGAAGAACUGUCAGGCGCUUAUGGAUCUGUGCAGCAAGUCUCCCUGUAAGAAUAAAGGCACGUGUGUUCAGAGUGGAGCCCAGACUCAAUGCGUCUGUCCAUCUGGCUGGACUGGUGCUUACUGCGAUGUGCCCAACGUCUCAUGUCAAGUGGCAGCUUCACAAAGGGGGCUCGCAGUGGACCAGUUGUGCCAGCACUCUGGUCGUUGCUUCAAUGUUGGAAACACGCACUACUGUCAGUGCCAGGUGGGUUACACUGGCAGCUACUGUGAGGUGCAGCUGAACGAGUGUGACUCCAGCCCCUGCCAGAACGGUGCUACCUGCCGGGAUCACCUGGGUGGAUACCAGUGCGAGUGUGUGCCUGGAUACCAGGGUGUCAACUGUGAAUAUGAAGUGGAUGAAUGCCAGUUUCAGCCCUGCCAGAAUGGAGGAACAUGUAUAGACCUCGUUGAUCAUUUCAAGUGCUCCUGUCCACCAGGAACUCGGGGCCGUUUGUGUGAGGAGAACGUCGAUGACUGUGUUUCGGACUCAGGAGUACCCCGCUGCUUUCAUGGAGGGCAGUGCAUUGACCAGAUCGGGGGCUACAGCUGUGUUUGCCUCCCAGGCUUUGCAGGCGAGCGAUGUGAGGGAGAUAUCAAUGAAUGCCUCUCUAAUCCUUGUAACCCUCGUGGAAGUCUGGACUGUGUUCAGCUGAUAAAUGAUUAUACAUGCAUCUGUCGUAGUGCUUUUACUGGUCGUCACUGUGAGAGUGUGAUAGACAUGUGUCCCCGGAAGCCUUGUCAGAAUGGAGGUACCUGUGCCGUUGCCAGCAAUAUGCCAGAUGGGUUCAUCUGCCAGUGUCCUCCGGGUUAUUCUGGAGCAAAAUGUGAGUUCAGCAGCCACAGUACUUGUGGGCAUGUGAAAUGCAAGAAGGGUGAGCAGUGCAUCCAGACAUCUUCUGGUCCACGGUGCUAUUGCCCCAAGCUGUCUGUGGGAGAGGAAUGCCAGACAAAUACUGGUUGUGCCAGUGCCCCCUGCCAGAAUGGUGGAAGCUGCCACCCUCAUUCUCAGCCUCCUUACUAUUAUUGUCAGUGCCCUGUUCACACCCAAGGCAGCCAGUGUGAACAGCCUGUAACUUUCAGCCCAGAGCCCCGAGGAUGUUUGGAUUCCCAGUGUGCAGAAAAAGCAAAAGAUGGCUAUUGCGAUGAAGACUGUAACACUCAUGCCUGCCAGUGGGAUGGAGGCGACUGCUCCCUGACAAUGGAAGAUCCUUGGGCCAACUGCUCCUCUUCAUUGCGCUGCUGGAUGCUCUUCAAUGAAGAGUGUGACGAGUUCUGCAACACACCCGAGUGCCUGUUUGACAACUUCGAAUGUCAGCAAAAUAGCAAAACGUGCAAGUAUGACAAGUAUUGUGCAGAUCACUACGCUGAUGGCCGCUGUGACCAGGGCUGUAAUAGCGAGGAGUGUGGCUGGGAUGGUCUGGACUGUGCUGGUGACAAAGCUGAGAAGCUGGCAGAAGGGACCCUAAUCAUUGUGGUCUUGAUGCCCCCCGACCAGCUGCUGGGUGAUGUUCGCAGCUUUUUGCGCACUUUGGGAACAAUCCUGCACACCAACCUCAGAAUCAAGCUGGACUCCCAGGGAAACCCCAUGGUAUUCCCAUACUAUGGGGAGAAAUCAGCAGUACGAAGUCGACGAUCACUUGUGGUCAUUCGCAAGCGCAGAGAACUAGAGCAAGAGGUCAUUGGCACCAGGGUGUUCCUGGAGAUUGACAACCGUCAGUGUGCAGAGGAUUCGGAGCAAUGCUUUCAGAACACAGAAGCUGCUGCAGCCCUGUUAGCUGCUCAGGCCAUCAAGGGCAUGUUGCCCUAUCCUUUCGUAUCUGUCCAAAGUGAACCCUUGUUACCACCGAAGACCCAGUUACUUUACCUACUUGCUGUGGCAGCUUUGAUCAUCCUCUUAAUCCUUCUCUUGGGUGUGAUGAUGGCAAAGCGUAAGCGCAAACAUGGUUCACUGUGGCUCCCAGAGGGCUUUAUUCUGCGCAGGGAUCCUAGUAAUCAUAAACGCAGAGAGCCAGUUGGAGAAGAUGCUGUUGGACUCAAAAAUCUGUCAGUCCAGAUACCAGAGGGUAACCUAGCAGAUUCUGGGCCAACUGAACACUGGGCAGGUGAUGGUGGACCUCAGCCAAAGAGAGCAAAGGCUGAGGAUCAGGCCUUGCUCCCAGAAGGUGAUGAGCAGAUAGAUCAGCGCCAGUGGACACAGCAGCACUUGGAGGCAGCAGACGUCUGUGGGAGCACGUCACUAGCCCUUACACCACCUCAAGCAGAUCAAGAAGUGGACGUUUUGGAUGUUAAUGUCAGAGGGCCAGAUGGGUGUACUCCGCUUAUGUUGGCAUCUCUGCGUGUGGGCAGCUCCGAUAUUAGCGAGGAUGAUGAGGAUGCAGAAGAUUCCUCAGCAAAUAUAAUAACAGAUUUGAUCUAUCAAGGUGCCAACCUGCAGGCUCAAACAGACCGUACUGGGGAGAUGGCACUGCACUUAGCAGCCCGUUAUUCAAGAGCAGAUGCUGCAAAACGUUUGCUGGAUGCUGGUGCCGAUGCUAAUGCACGGGACAACAUGGGACGGACUCCUCUGCACGCAGCUGUAGCUGCGGACGCCCAGGGAGUCUUCCAGAUUCUGAUCCGUAACAGAGUGACGGACUUGGAUGCUCGGAUGAAUGAUGGAACGACCCCGUUAAUUCUGGCUGCACGGCUGGCUGUGGAAGGAAUGGUGGCCGAGCUAAUUAAUUGCCAGGCAGAUGUGAACGCCGUAGAUGACCAUGGCAAAUCUGCUCUUCACUGGGCUGCUGCUGUCAACAACGUGGAAGCAACACUAGUGCUGCUGAAAAACGGAGCCAACAGAGACAUGCAGGAUAACAAGGUACAGUUUAGGUUGCUCUUCCUUGCUGCUCGAGAAGGCAGUUUCGAAGCUGCAAAGAUCUUGCUGGACCAUUUUGCCAAUCGAGACAUCACGGACCACAUGGACCGCCUGCCCCGAGACGUGGCGCAGGACCGGAUGCACCACGACAUAGUGCAGCUUCUCAACGAGUACAAUGUGGCACACAGCCCCACUGGGCACCCUGGCGCCAUGCUGAACUCCGCCCUCUCCCCAGUCAUCUGUGGCCCGAAUAGGUCCUUCCUCAAUCUGAAGCACGCUUCGUUAAGCAAGAAGUCACGAAAACCGAAUGCCAAAGGCAUCAUGCCCACAAACCUCACCAAAGAUGCGAAGAGGAGAAGGAAGAAGUCCCUCAGUGAGAGCAAAGGGCAGUUUUCGGAGAGCUCAGUGACCCUGUCGCCGGUUGAUUCCCUAGAAUCGCCCCAUGCUUUUGCAUCGGAACCAACAUCGUCUCCUGUGAUGCCAUCACCGGGGGUGUUGCACUCAUCGCCCAGCUCGCUCCUGACAGCUCCAUCGGUGCAAGCCGCGCACGCGAUGUCUUUCUCCAACCUCCACGAGAUGCAGCCCUUAGGACGUGGAUCCAGCACCGUGCUCCCGUCCGUCAGCCAGCUGCUUGCGCAGCACAGAACCCCCCCUCCUAACAGUGGGCUCGGCAGGCUCCGGCCAGCCAACGUUUCCACCGAGUGGAUGAAUCGUAUGGAGGUGAACGAGUCCCAGUACAACGAGAUGUUCGGCAUGGUGCCACAGGUGAUGCAUUCGCACCCCAGUGUUUCUCAGCAGAGUGGUUUGGUUCAAGCAGAUACAAAGCACAUGGGAGUGUCCAGAGAGUCUCUGCCCCCUAUCAUGACUUUCCAGCUGGUUCCCAAGGGUGGCAUAAACCAGCAAGCACUGCCACAGCAGGCCCAGUCAAACUGCCCUCAGAACAUGGCUGGUCCUCUUAGCUCCAUGUACCAGAUACCGGAUUUAGCUCAGCUGCCCAGCGCCUCGUUCUCCAUGGCUGCCAUCCCUCAGCAGGACGGGCAGGUGGCUCAGACGGUCCUCCCAGCCUACCACCAGUUCCAGAGCUCGAUGGGGAAGUACCCCACACCUCCCUCGCAGCACAGCUGCUACUCCUCGGCCACAGAACGGACUCCUAGCCACAACCGGCACUUACAAGGGGAACACCCGUACCUGACUCCGUCGCCCGAAUCUCCAGACCAGUGGUCAAGCUCCUCCCCGCACUCUGCCUCUGACUGGUCCGAUGUGGCAACCAGUCCCGGUAACAACCAGCGUGGGCCGGCGGCCGCGCACAUGACAGAGCAGCAGCGGAACAACAUGCAAGUGUACGCCUGAAGGCCGGCCAAGGGGAAGCCCGAUUAAAGUGGACUCCAGAACUCAUGAAGGUCUUCCAGGACGGAAAUGAAGAACCAUUUUAGUAUCCAAGAGUCUUAAUGAGCCCAGGCUGUUCUUUCUGUGGAGGGACUGUGGUCGCUGUAGGCUUGUACACUUUUAUGCUAAACAAAGAACUGUAGAAGCUGGUGAUGGAGAAGACCAGCUUGGUCACUUCUAACCAACUCCCAUGCAACCUGGGUGUGAUUGCUGUCUGUACUGGAUUCUCCAGUCUGCUUUUAAUACGUUCCACCAUUUCUUUGAGGAGACAGCUCUUCAGUUUUAACGCGUCUCAUGGUCGUUUCUCCAGAAACUUAGCCAAAACCAGCUUUGUAUCCUUAAUUUUUUUACUCCUUUUGUUACCCACAUAAGCUCUCUCUGAAGCACCUUCUA